AUGGGUGACGCCGGUCUUCCUAAGUCGCUCCAGGAGAGUCUGGAUAAUACCAAAGUCUCGUAUGCGCAGCUGGGGGCCUCGGGGUUGCGAGUGUCGGUUCCUAUUUUGGGAGCUAUGUCGCUUGGCCACAAAGACUGGCAACCAUGGGUCAUCUCGGACGAAGACGAAGUCGACAAGCUCCUCAAGGGCGCCUACGACCGCGGCCUGAACACAUGGGACACGGCCAACCUGUAUUCCAACGGCGUCUCGGAGCAGCUGAUCGGCGCGACGAUCAAGAAACACAAGCUCCCGCGCCACAAGCUGGUCCUGCUGUCCAAAUGCUUCGGCAUUGUCGGCGAAGAACCGGGCCUCCAGACCAUCAAGUACCCGGAGGAAUUGAAGCGGAGCAAAGACUACGUCAACCAGCACGGCCUGAGCCGCACGGCCAUCUUCAACGCCGUGGACGCCAGUCUGGAACGGCUGGGCACGAGUUAUCUCGACCUGUUGCAGAUCCAUCGGUUUGACGCGACGGUGCCGGUCGAGGAGACUAUGAAGGCAUUGCACGAUCUUGUGGAGGCUGGGAAAGUGAGAUAUAUUGGCGCCAGCAGCAUGUGGACCUACCAAUUCACCAAAAUGCAACACUGCGCCGAAAUCCACGGCUGGACCAAAUUCGUCUCCAUGCAGAACCACUACUCGCUGUGCUACCGCGAGGAAGAACGCGAAAUGAUCCCCUACUGCCACGAGACCGGCGUCGGCCUGAUCCCCUGGGCGCCGCUGUACCGCGGGCACCUGGCCCGUCCGUUGGGGUCCGCGUCCACCACCCGUGAAGAGAGCAUGAAGGGCAACCCGAUGUUUUCCGGUCUGGAUGACGCCGACACCGCCAUCAUCCAACGCGUCCAGGAACUCGCCGACAAGAAAGGCUGGAAGAUGAGCCAGGUCGCUCUGGCGUGGAUCAUUCAGAAAGGAACAAUCCCCAUCGUCGGAUUCAGUAGUCUCAACCGGCUCGAAGAGGCCUGUGAGGUUCGCGGGAAGACCUUGACCGACGGCGAGAUGAAGUACCUCGAGGAACCGUACAAGCCGAAAGCAGUCGUGGGACAUAGUUGA